AUGUAUCGUGCAGCGGCUCGUCUCGCUUCCACAGCCAGGUAGACUUGAUGAGGAAUGGAGAUUGAUCCGUCCUCUCCGUUGUCCCGUAUUUUCACUUCUAGUUAACUUGAGUUACGAUGGGAUUUCGUGCACCUCUGGUUUGGCUUUCAUGUAGAGAUUGAUUACUACUCUUGAUCCCCAUUCUCAUCUUACUGAGCAGUUGGCUAUUAUUUUUUGGCAGGCACGCCGGAAGCCGGAGCCAACAGGUGAGAGUACGCAUUUCUUCCAUUUUAUUUUUUGUGAAAAUGUGAUACAUAUGUCUGAUGUUUGCUUUAAUGAUGUCUUUUGAUUUGGUGCUCACCAUUUUAUUUUUCGUGAAAGUGGUGUACAUAUGUCUGAUGUUUGCUUUGAUGGAUGUCUUUUGCUUUUGGUGCUCAUCAAUUUGCAAUUGCUCACGGAUGCCUAAGAUAACUGACACGCAGGUCGAGAGUAGGCUGGGUUGGAGCAGGAGCUAUGCCGCGAAGGACAUUAAAUUCGGUGUCGAAGCUCGUGCGCUGAUGUUGCGAGGAGUUGAGGACCUUGCUGAUGCCGUGAAAGUGACCAUGGGGCCUAAGGUAUAGGAGGUCGAAUGAUCUGUUUACUUACGGAUUUUCGUCGACCUUUCGUAUUAAACGAACAGCCAAAACUUUAUCUAAUCUCUCUUCAGUUGUAAAAGAAAAACGAUUCACAUUUCAGGUGAGCAGAUCUUUUGUGUUCAUGGCUUUAUUCUCUUUUUUUAUUCAUUUAUGGAUGAGUUUCUUUCCAUAUAUUUAAAAUAAUUAUAAUUUUACACUUGCAAAUAACUUAUAAGAAAAGCUUAAUUUGCAUCAGCUUUCAGUGGAACUGGAACUCUUUUCGUAUUCUGCUAUUUGACUGUGUAAUCUUUUGAUAAAUUCAGGGUCGAAAUGUUGUCUUGGAACAAAGCUUUGGUUCGCCAAAAGUUACAAAAGACGGUGUGACUGUGGCGAAGAGCAUUGAGUUUAAGGACAGAGUGAAGAACAUGGGUGCUAGUCUUGUCAAGCAGGUUGCCAAUGCAACGAAUGAUGCGGCUGGAGAUGGUAGGGGUUAGAUCGCUCUCAUUCUGUAACGAAAUUACUUUUAUUUGGCCUGGGCUUUCUCCAUCAAAAUGCUUUUUCUGUUAAUGCUCUGGUCACACCUCUGACUGCUAACUAGUGUUUACGAUUAGUCUCAUCUUGUUUCUGAUUAGGAACUUAUUCUAUCAUUCUAGAACGGGCCAUCUUUCUGUUGGUAACUGAAGAAUUCUUUGUAAACUUUCGUUCACCAGAAGGUUCUUUGUGACUAACCAGGAACUUUUGGUUCGUUAUGAUAUUGAUUUUAUGAUAUGUUUCACUGUAUCUAUUUUUCGGCGUUAUUAAUUAUGGUAUAAGAAAGACACUGAUGAUAUCUCAUCAUCAGUGUCUUUCUUUGGUAUUUUAUCAUUUUUCAUUAUCUUCUAUCUACUCUUGAUCAACCAAAACUUUAUUUCGUGAUUUUUUUGCCCAUUGUGUUUGGUAUCUUGGGACAUCACGUCAGCCCUAAUUAUGUGACUAGCGUAUACCUUGUUCAGUAUAGAUAAUGCCCCAAUGUGCCUGCAGGUACCACUUGUGCUACAGUGCUCACCAGAGCGAUUUUUGCUGAGGGGUGCAAGUCCGUGGCUGCGGGGAUGAAUGCAAUGGAUUUGAGACGUGGUAUUACUAUGGCAGUCGAUGCUGUGGUAACUAAUCUGAAGAGCAGAACCCGAAUGAUCAGCACAUCAGAAGAAAUUGCUCAGGUUUCAGUUUCAUAUUAAAUGUUGAAUUAUUCCCGCCGUGCUUUGAUGAUCGUUUCAAGUGCCCAUCGUGUCCUCUUAGACGAGAAUUAAACUCUUUCCGUCGACAUUUUUGUCAAAAGGUGGGCACAAUAUCAGCCAAUGGUGAAAGAGAAAUCGGUGAACUCAUUGCAAAAGCCAUGGAGAAAGUUGGCAAAGAGGGUGUCAUUACAAUUGCGGUAAGUACCUGCACUUUAUACCAUGGUUUUUCAGCUCCUAGAAUAUUCGCGAAUAUGCUUCCUCAUAGGACUAGAUUGUUCAACACCGAUGCCCAUCAAUUAAUGCGUAUUUUUUUCUAGUAAUUUUUGCUUAAUUACAUAACUCCCAAAAUCUGAAAUUCUCGGUGCUUUGUUUUCUUUUAGCUGUAUUUUAAAUUACUGCAUUUUGCGUCUUUUUUUUUUUCAUAGGACGGGAAGACUCUGUACAACGAGUUAGAGGUGGUUGAGGGCAUGAAAUUAGACAGAGGUUACAUAUCCCCCUAUUUCAUGACUGACCAAAAGAACCAGAAAUGUGUAAGUGCUUCUUCUCUUCUGAAAGUUAACAUUUUCAAGGGUGAAAUAUUACUCAGUCCUGGAUAUGUUUACUUAUCCAAAUGACAGGAACUUGAAGAUCCAUUCAUUCUAAUUCACGAGAAGAAGAUCUCAAGCAUCAAUGCUGUUGUGAAAGUGCUGGAGCUUGCCGUAAAGGUACGUUCCUUCAGUGUGUCUCCUUACUCUGGAGGAGAAAGGAGAGACGUACUGUAAUUUCUAUCUGCUGCUGCUGAGCACAUGCUUUACAUCAGAAACAAAGACCCCUCCUGAUUGUCGCUGAAGAUGUGGAGAGUGAUGCACUGGCCACUCUCAUCCUCAACAAGCUUCGUGCUGGUAUCAAGGUCGCUUAUCUUCCUAAUAAUAUAAACCCAAGCACUGAUUUUCCUCGAAUUCUUUUGAACUCAAAGUGUGAAUUUCCUCAUGGGCUUUUAGGUCUGCGCCAUUAAGGCUCCUGGCUUCGGGGAAAACAGGAAAGCCAUCAUGCAGGAUCUUGCUGCUCUUACCGGCGGUGAUGUGAGUGAACCCCCCUGCUUAUUCAAGCGGUUCUAUGGAUUCAAUCUCCUGUGACACCUACGCUUUGGUGUUAUAUGCAGGUUAUAACUGAGGAACUUGGUCUGAACCUUGACAAAGUAGAACUGGAUAUGCUCGGUUCAUGCAAAAAGGUUUGCAUAACCUUUUGAAAAUAUUUUCUACGCUAAGUACAGAUCGAUUUGCAUCGGCAGAAGCAGCUCUUAUGAGCGUUUUGUAUAUGCAGGUGACGAUCUCUAAAGACGACACCGUCGUUCUCGACGGGGCUGGCGACAAGAAAGCCAUCGAGGAGAGAUGCGAGCAGGUAGAUUUCGUCCCCUCAUUCUUCCUCUCUCCUAUUUAGUGAUCUGCGGCUGAGCGUCUCUCUCUGCAGCUGCGGUCCGCGAUUGAGCAGAGCACCUCUGACUACGACAGGGAGAAGUUCCAAGAAAGAUUGGCCAAGCUCUCCGGUGGUGUCGCAGUCUUGAAGGUCUCCCCCCUCUCUCUCUGUCUCUCUGUCUCUCUGUCUCUCUAGUUUAUCUUAUCUGUGUAAUCGUAUUGGUGGGCUGGAUUCGUAGAUCGGGGGAGCCAGUGAGGCGGAGGUCGGCGAGAAGAAGGACAGAGUGACCGACGCCCUUAACGCGACCAAGGCGGCCGUAGAGGAAGGAAUAGUGCCAGGUUAUCUCCCUCAUCAUCCUCUCAGAAACCCUAGAAAUGAUCCAGCAUUCGCUUGAACCAGAAUCUGUGCUCGCUGCAGGUGGGGGCGUCGCCCUCCUCUACGCGUCAAAAGAACUGGACAAGCAGCCAACCGCCAACUUUGACCAGAAAAUCGGGGUCCAAAUCAUCCAGAACGCCCUCAAGGUACUACCUGCCUUCUUGGUGGGCCAAACUAUGGUCGUCAUCACAUCCUCCUCCUAUUGAUUGAGCUUCUGCAAUGAAAAUACUCCCUUCCAGAUGCCGGUCUACACGAUAGCCUCCAAUGCUGGAGUCGAAGGCGCAGUGGUUGUGGGCAAGCUGCUGGAGCAGGAUAAUCCCGAUCUCGGCUACGACGCAGCCAAAGGUAAUACUAGAACUCGUCUCAGUUCUAGAGAUAGAGAUAGAUAGAGAGAGAGAGAGAGAGAGAGAGAGAGAGAGAGAGAGAGAGAGAGAGAGAGAUUAAUGAUGUGAUGUGGUUAAUUAUGUGAUCAACCGAUGUGUUGGCAGGGGAGUACGUGGAUAUGAUCAAGGCCGGGAUUAUCGACCCCUUGAAGGUGAUCAGGACCGCCCUCGUCGAUGCUGCGAGGUAAAAGUUAACAGCUGCUAAUGGUGUUGGCCUUCCGGUCCUCUGAUUCCUCGAUGGUGCCACCUCACUGAUGCUUUUGUCAACGUGUGGCAGCGUCUCGUCUCUGAUGACGACGACCGAGGCUGUGGUCGUUGAGUUCCCCAAAGAGGAGAAGGACGCCCCGGCCAUGGGCGGCGGGAUGGGCGGAAUGGACUACUAA